GACACAAAAUUUUGUCAAAAUACCGUAAACAUAAUUGCUUUUUCUCUAUUGUAUUUUUUGUUUUCACUCGUGUUCCCCAAAUUAUCUAUUUCCUUACAUUGAAAUAUUCACAACAGUUAUAUAGGACAGUUGUAUUUUUUCAAUUUGUGAUUUGAUGUGGAUGCAGUGAGUCGUAUCACUUGAGUUCUUGACCUUAGUGACUGAUGCCUUGAUGUUUUGUGUUGUGUAACGACGCCAAAAAUUAGGAGACGGAUGGUGCCAAGUUUGUGAUAUAAGCCAUAUACGUUUAAGUCGAGCACCGCAGUGGUCGAUAUACAGCUGUGCAAACUAAACUACAUGUGGAAAAUCAUAUAAUGUGUACCUCAUAGUGCUUGAUGGUGUCUAGAAGCAAAGAGUUUUGUUUCUGAUGUUAUAAUUAAUGGUACAAUGAGUGAGGACACUCAAAAUGAAGCGAGCAAGAACUCCGCGUCGCUCGCAGUGGAGGCGACCACGACAGCCGCCGAGUGUGGUGCACAUGAUGCCUCAACUAAUGUCUCACAAACACAGAUUGGACAGAUGACAGCUGGCUCAGCACCCGCCGAGGGAGGCAAGUGGAGCUGCGAGGCAUGCACUUACGAGAACUUCCCGCUCUCUCGCAAGUGCACAAUGUGCCGGUCCCCGAAGCCGUGCCUGAAUGAGAACAUUUUCAACCUGCAAGAUGGCGCUAGCGCUCUUCCCACUCAGGACCCUUGUGGUGUAGAGGGUGUGGCGGAGCGGCUGAAGCCGUUGCGGAUAUCAUCGCCUCAGGGACAGGCCAGCGCCUCCUCCAUUGCCAAGUGGUCUUGUCCGACGUGCACGUACGAGAAUUGGCCGAAGUCGUUAAAGUGUGCUAUGUGCGGCGCAGCCAAUCCCGCGCCCGUUGCCGCCGCCACCGCCACCCCCGCACCCCCACCCACGCCCCGCACACACAUAGUAUCGGGUGCGAACGAGACAUGCAACAGCGGCGUAGGAGGAGUGGGCGGCGGCGGUGGGGGAACUCUCGAAGUGGAGGGGGCGAGACGCUCCAAACGACGGAACAACAAUAUUGACUGGGUCUGGCUGCAGGCGUGCCUUGGUGUGGUGGAGGGCGAGGCCCGUUGUGUGGAGGCAUAUUUGUGCAGCGGCGGUGAUCCAGCACGCGCCCUCACCCACCACGAGGUGCAACUGCUGAACCGCGCGUCCGCCUUCGACAUAGGCCACACGCUCGUACACCUCGCCAUACGGUUCCAGCGUCAAGACAUAUUGUCGACAUUGCUGUCGCGGAUAUCAGGCGGCGGACCAGGCUUGAAGCGGUCACCAUCUUAUAUCGCGCCGGACCUGGCAGCUGGUAUUCGUCGUCAUAUGGCGGGAUGUAUACGGCAUAAGAAAGGAAACUUUCCCUGUGCGUAUAUCGCAGAAUUCUGCACCUUCUCGCUGCCUGCUGAUAUUGAAGAGUUGCCGGCAGUAAUUCAAGAGCAGCUGUUCUCUGAGCUCCUGGACCGUGAUGCGCAGCAGACGCUGGAAGCUGACCCACCUCUUAUCAACUGGAGCCACGAGCUAACUGUUACACUCGGGUCGCGUCUGUACGCGCUGUGGAACCGUUCCGCGGGCGACUGUCUGCUGGACGCGGUGUGCCAGGCCGCGUACGGCGUGUUCGAUAGACAUAACGCACUACGCGCUGCACUCGCCGACACAUUACAUCAUGCGCAUCGCAGCUUCUACGAACGGUGGCAAGCGUGGGAGCGUGUACAGGCAGCAUUAUUACAAUACGCACCUGAUGAACAGCAGUUGAGGGCCGAAUGGGGAAGAAUGUUGGCAGCCGCCGCCCGUCCGCAUACGCCCUUGCAUCAGCUUCACGUGUUCGCGCUAGCGCACGUGAUGAGGCGACCGAUCGUCGUGUACGGCGUCAACGUUGUCAACUCAUUCCGCGGGGAGGCGUUAGGAUUCGCGCGGUUCCAAGGUAUCUACUUACCGCUUCUGUGGGAGCCAGAAUUUUGUUCCAAGUCCCCGCUCUGUCUGGGAUAUACUCGUGGUCACUUCUCCGCGCUAGUGCCUAUGGAACCCUACUCCUCCAGGCACACUUACAUAUGUCGAGAACAGCAAGAAGAGAAUGAAGAGAUGACCUUUCUGCCAUUGACUGAUUGUGAGGGAAAAUUGCUUCCUGUACACUUCCUCACCUGCGAUGAGAUGUCAGAUGAGGAGGGGGUGGUCCGUCGUUGGUUAUCCGCGUGCGUUACCGGCGGGGGAGUGUUGGCCGCUAGGCAACAGUUGCAUCAGCGUCCUUUGCUUCAAGCGCAGAUGUUGGAAGAGUGGCUCAAUCAUUAUCGACGGCUACAACAGCAGACGCGUGGUCCAUUCCCGCCGCGGCUUCAGGCUGCCGCCGAGUUUUCCAGCGACCCAGAUACUGACGACGAGUAACACACAAACAUACAUACACACAAACGCGCGCACGUUUCGGACGAUAUACACACACACAUACUGACAGACAUGCUCAUUAGUGGCAUGCUAAUUGAUCCCUAUGAAGCAUGCUAAUACCGAGCAUGCUCUUUCACUGUACACAAAUGUUUAUUUUAGGCAUGAUCACGAAGUGUGUUCCAUAGACACUCAUGACUUCGAUUGUAAGUUACAAAAAGCGAAUGACAAUAAGCAUGCUUAUGAGCAAGCCUGUUCAUACGUGCUCAAAACACACCCUCUUUCGCCCGCGCCAUGAGCAUGCUCAUUAGUAGCAACGUUACGGCAUACUUGAUAUGAACGAGCAAGCACAUGAGAAGCAUGCUUUCGUGCUACUAAUGAGCAUAUCUGUCAACAUUCACUUAACUCGCUUAUUACUACUAAUGAUGAUCUCCUUAUUCUCAUAAUAUAUACAGAUUUCAUUGUUAUUUGAGAUUUUUUACAAUGUUGUAAUCGACAUCGAAAAUAAUGUAAAUUAGGGAUUAUCGUUUCAGUGAUGACAUUAACUACAUUUGAAAAAAACUACCAUUUUGCAUAAAUCAUCAAUAAAAAUAUGAAUAGUUGCCUUUCUUGUUGUUCAUUACACAAAUGAAAUGGAAGUCCGAUGUGUGCGUGUUUAGUUCAAAACUAAGAAAUCGCGGUGCCGUGCACGUGUGUCUGUGACAACAAACGUACUAGUAUAAUUUCUACACCGAAAUUAAAUUUAAUGCAAAACAUAACGUAG